AUGUAGAGUAUUAGAUCGGGUAACUCAGGUCAACUGCCCUCUAAGACCAGCCAUAUGCCUUCGCAAAGCAUCACUGACUCCAGUGUAUUUGAAUAGUCCUAACAAACUAAGUCUAACCUGUUCUUUUCCAAGCAAAGUAGCCAAUUACUAAUCUAUAAACAAGGUAAAAUGAUUCUCACAAGAGCUUAAAGAUUUAUAAACCUCAAUCCAAUCCUUAAUUCACUUCCAUGCGAUAAGAAACAAACCAUUCAUCACCAUUACAAAAACAAAACUCAAUUUCUAAGUAUAUACAUAAUAAUCAGUAAAGUGGUAGUAGCAGUAAGUCUAAGAAGACCCUAAUAGGACAUUAGCUGUAGAGACUAAGUUACUAGUAAUUCAAUCUUAAGUGAGUCUGAAAAUGAAAUAGUCAACGAUACCUUGAGGGAUUCAAUAUUGAACUAAAGCCAAGAUUAAUAAAACUCUAAUAGAUUAAUAAUAUAAGAGCCCAGGAUACAAGCUUCAUAAAUGCAUUAUACACUGCCUUCUAAUUAUCAGUAGUCCGAGCCAAAUCCUUAUGAUAGAUUCGAGAUGACAAGCAGACAGCUAUUCAAUGAGCUUAACUAGAUAGGCUCUCAAUAAAAGUUAGAAGAGUUACUUUAUGAUGAGCUUGGAUCAGAAUAAAUAAUGUAUGCUUUCUAGAGUAGCAAAUAGAACCCUCUUAAUGAAAGUGGUUUGCUUGGCCAAAGCUCGUACUCCAAUGAGACCCCAUAGUUUAUGAGUUUAAUCUAAAAUAAUGCUAGACCUCAAAAUUUGUAGCAUAUAUCUAAUAGUCUGGCCGUAACAUCAAUGGUACAUCAGCCUUAAAAUUAAAUCACUGAAUUUUAACAGAGUAAUUUUAGCAAAAACAUUACCAAUACUGGGAAGACUCUACAAAAACCUACUGAUGUAAUGGAGACUCCAGAAAGGAUACCUAUUAAAGACAAAUUCGAUAAAACACUAUAAUUAGAAAAAUCUGUUUCACCACAGAGGAACUAAAUAUAAGUCCUUAACUAUAGAGUUAAGAAUGACGAUUGUCUAGAUAGUAAUUAAAUAUCACCAUAGAAAACUAAUUAAUAUUUAUUGCAAAAUCAAGUCUUUAUAGAUAAUACGCUCUUGAAUGAACUUGAUUAAAGGAAAAUUAUUCAGUAUUAAGAAUGUCAUUUUGAUUCAUCAAUGGGAUCUAGCAAUGACUAGUAGUCACGAUAGAUUUAGAUAUUGCAACAGAUGCUGUUGAAAAACAAAUUGAGAAGAGAGAUAAAGUAAGUACUGCAGGUGGAACAUAAUAGAAAUUCCUCCUUGAAUACCCUCACUGAGAUCAUUAUUAACAAGCUUUCAGAGUUGGCAGAAGAUGAUGAUACCUAGAUUUGA